AUGACUUCAUUAAUCAAGUUGGCUCAGCGCUCCUUACUUUCUAUAAAUGGCGUAGACGCCUCUGUUUUACUUCAAGGUCUCAUAACCAAUGAUAUUAGGUAUUUGGGUCGCAAAGACGCCAUAGCGUCAUUUCUAUUAAAUAAUAAAGGUAGAAUAGUCGAGGAUUUGAUAAUAUCAAAACGGAACGAUGAUAUCAUUGUGGAGUGUAGUGCAAGUGGUAGGGAUGAACUGAAAAUGCUUUUAGAAAAAUAUAGAAUGCGGAAAAAGGCUUCUAUUAAUAUUGAAUCUGAUGAGGUUUAUUUCUCCAAAGACCAAGGCUUCGAAGACCCAAGGUACCCUUGGGGAAAUCGAGUCUAUGGAAGUUUCAAUGAACACUCAAAGGAUAUAGAUCUAUAUGUGGAAGAACGUUUGAAAAAUGGUAUACCUGAGGGAAAAGAGGAACUGAGUGGAAUGCUCCCAUUUCAAGCUAACGGUGAUCUUCUAAACUUCGUCUCAUUAGACAAAGGCUGUUAUAUCGGACAAGAAUUAACUGCUCGCACUGCUCACACUGGUGUUAUUCGUCGUAGGGUUAUACCAUUUAAAUGCAAUUCAACCAGCGCUUUUCAAGCCGGUGAACAAAUCGUUGACCGGAAGAACUUGAAAGUCGGAAAGGUGGUUCAACGGAAUCACAAGUAUGGUCUAGCCGUAUUGCCUAUAGAUAGUCUCAAGAAAAAGCAAGAGCUUCUACUGAACGAUGUUCUGAUUGAGACUUACGCACCUGUAUGGAUGAAGCCUUGCUUAGUUAAAUCUGGUCCUCAGGAGUAG